AGCCUCGGUGUUUGAACCUAGGAUCUCGAAAUGCAUCGUGAUUCCUGUCCACUAGCUUGUAAGGUGUAUGUAGGUAAUCUUGGAAACAAUGGGAACAAGACUGAACUAGAACGGGCUUUUGGCUAUUAUGGACCACUUCAAAGUGUGUGGGUUGCUCGGAACCCUCCUGGCUUUGCUUUCGUUGAAUUUGAGGAUCCCCGGGAUGCCGCUGAUGCUGUCCAAGAGCUGGAUGGAAGAACACUGCGUGGCUGCCCUGUGAGAGUGGAACUGUCAAAUGGUGAAAAAAGAAGUCGCAAUCGUGGCCCGCCGCCCUCUUGGGGAGAUGACUACCGAAGGAGGAGUCCUCUACCUCGGCGAAGAUCUCCAAGAAGAAGAAGCUUCUCUCGAAGCCAGAGCAGGUUGCUUUCUAGAGAUAGGAGAAGAGAAAGGUCUCUGUCUCGGGAGAGAAACCACAAGCCAUCUCGGUCCUUCUCUAGGUCUCAUUGCCGAUGA